AUGGUGCGAAUCUGUCUCCUGAACCAUCAUCUCCCUCGUCUCCCCUCUCCCCCUUCUCUCCUCUCCCCUCGUCUCCCCUCUCCCCCUUCUCUCCUCUCCCCUCGUCUCCCCUCUCCCCCUUCUCUCCUCUCCCCUCGUCUCCCCUCUCCCCCUUCUCUCCUCUCCCCUCGUCUCCCCUCUCCACCCCCUUCUCUCCUCUCCCCUCGUCUCCCCUCUCCCCCUUCUCUCCUCUCCCCUCGUCUCCCCUCUCCCCCUUCUCUCCUCUCCCCUCGUCUCCCCUCUCCCCCUUCUCUCCUCUCCCCUCUCAUUACUGCCCGCAAGGCUCUAGACUCUUUGGACGAAAACCAAGUAAACCUCAAGAAAUGGGUGGAACCGUUCUUGGAGGCCGGAAAUGCAGAUGCUAUCAAAGACCCGCGGCUGGACGCCCCCAGCGAUGUGGUGCUCAAGCUCGCCCGCUUCGCCCUCUCCUGCACCGCCACGCCCGUUGCCACCCGCCCGUCCAUGGCGCGCAUUCUCUCCGACCUCAUCGCCAUGAAAGGGGAGUUCCUCGGAGCUGAUGUGGAUCCAGUGCUGGUAAAUAUUGACAGUGACCUGGCAGAUCGCAAAGGCUCGAACUUCUCGCAGGAGAUUCGGCGGGCACAAGAGGUGGCCUCGGAGCGUGAAGGGGUGUCGGGUUUGAGCAUUGGGAUGGUGUCAAUUGGGGAGAUGGAUUCCUCUGAUAGCGGUGUAUGA